UCUUGCGAGCCCUCGUGCGCGCGCACAGUCAUCCCUUUGGUCUGGCGAUUGCGGACGGGAGGUGGAGACGCUCCAUCCCACCGGGUGGCCGGAGGCGGGCGGCUCGGGGAGGACCUCCCCAGAGAAGCCGUGCCCAGGAAGUUUUGCGAAGCGGAGGCAGCGGUGCAGCCGGGGCCGCUGCCGCGCCGGAGCCCGGGACACUCGCCACCCACCCUCGCCGUCUCGGCUUCCUCUCGCCCAGGCGCCGCGCGCGGACCGGGCAGCCGUCCGCGCCCGCCGAGCUCCACGGUAGAAAAAAAAAAAAAAAGAGGGUGUCAAAGCCAAAGAAUAAGAGACCUUUCCUCAAAUUUGCGUCAAGAUGGAAACCUUUUGCCUCAGGGUGUUGUUUGGGUUGGCGCUGGUUGGAUGUGUCAUCAGUGAUAAUCCUGAGAGCUACAGCACAAAUCUGAGCACCCAUGUGGACGAUUUCACCACUUUUCGUGGGACAGAACUCAGCUUCGUGGUUACCACACAUAGACCCACGAAUCUGGCCCUCCCCAACAAUGGCACAAUGCACAACUAUUGCCCACAGCAGACUAAGAUUACUUCAGCUUUCAAAUACAUUAACACUGUGAUAUCAUGUACUAUUUUCAUCGUGGGAAUGGUGGGGAAUGCCACCCUGCUGAGGAUCAUUUACCAGAACAAGUGCAUGAGGAAUGGCCCCAACGCACUGAUAGCCAGCCUUGCCCUCGGAGACCUUAUCUAUGUGGUCAUUGAUCUCCCUAUCAAUGUAUUUAAGCUGCUGGCUGGGCGCUGGCCUUUUGAUCACAAUGACUUUGGCGUAUUUCUCUGCAAGUUGUUCCCCUUUUUGCAGAAGUCCUCAGUGGGGAUCACCGUCCUCAAUCUCUGUGCUCUCAGCGUUGACAGGUACAGAGCAGUUGCCUCCUGGAGUCGUGUUCAGGGAAUUGGGAUUCCCUUGGUCACAGCCAUUGAGAUUGUCUCCAUCUGGAUCCUUUCUUUUAUCCUGGCCAUCCCCGAAGCAAUCGGCUUCGUCAUGGUGCCCUUUGAAUACAAGGGUGAACAGCACAAAACCUGUAUGCUCAAUGCCACGUCAAAAUUCAUGGAGUUCUACCAAGAUGUUAAGGACUGGUGGCUGUUUGGGUUCUACUUCUGCAUGCCCCUGGUGUGCACAGCGAUCUUCUACACCCUCAUGACUUGUGAGAUGCUAAACAGAAGGAAUGGCAGCCUGAGAAUUGCCCUCAGUGAACACCUGAAACAGCGUCGAGAAGUGGCAAAAACAGUUUUCUGUUUGGUCGUAAUUUUCGCUCUGUGCUGGUUCCCUCUUCAUUUAAGCCGUAUUUUGAAGAAAACCGUGUAUGAUGAAAUGGACAUGAACCGAUGUGAAUUACUUAGUUUCUUGCUGCUCAUGGAUUACAUUGGUAUUAACUUGGCAACCAUGAAUUCAUGUAUAAACCCAAUAGCUCUAUAUUUUGUGAGCAAGAAAUUUAAAAAUUGUUUCCAGUCUUGCCUCUGCUGCUGCUGUUACCAGUCCAAGAGUCUGAUGACCUCAGUCCCCAUGAAUGGAACAAGCAUCCAAUGGAAGAACCAUGAACAAAACAACCAUAACACAGAGAGGAGCAGCCAUAAGGACAGUAUAAACUAAACAUCUUAAGGAACAUUCAUCAAUAUACUUCAAAUCCUAUUGGAGAAAAAAAAAAAAAUCAACACAGCAACUGCAUCUCCAGAAAUCUCUUCUUCCAUCCUUCUCCCAUGACUCAGUACCACCCCCUGGAAAAAUGUUUUCCAAAACAUUGAAGGGUUGACUGGUUUAUACCCACAAAUUCAACGAAUCUUACUUUGAUUUAUCUAAUUUACAUAGUCUGCAUGUUAUAUUCAGCCCUAAAAAAUGGUGGGAGUUGGUGGGGGAAAGGAGAUUGUUCAGUUAAACCAGGAGGAGAUAUACUAUCUUUGCAUGAAAAUAGAGUUUUCGAGUACAUGGCUAGCUUUCGUGGCGGUUCUGUAGAAUGUUCCGUAAGAACUGGUCACCAUGAAAAGCUUAGAAAUUAUAACAAGGUUUUCUAUUUUUUUUAAGUAAUUUUGUUUUUUUGGCCAA